UUAUGACGUCAUACCGUUUGUUUUGAUAGCGGAUAUAAAGGAAUUUUAAUGUUUUUAAGGUUUUGCGAGGAUUUGAAGGAACCUGUGCUGCGCAAAUGUCCUUCUGCCGGCAGAAAACUUCACGAAAAAGCGGUAUUAGCGGGCGAGUCAAAUCGGACAGUCAAGUUACGGAACCAUAAUCGCAUGUUGCUCAAUUUCUGGCAGAGAAGAAACGGCCAGCUCUUCUGCGGACCGAUGGGAGAAACAGGAGCGGAACUGGUGAUUGAACUGUGGCGCGAAAGAAACGGUGAUGGAAUCGGAGUACUAGCAGCAGCACUUUUCGUCAAGCAGCAGCAGUGCGGCUGUGAUGCGUUCAAGUAAGCGCUGCACUCAAACCAGUCCCCGCACUUUGGUGGCGACCAAUUCAGCACCGAUUAUCAGCUGCAAUCAAUCCCGGGAUGGCCAACAGCAGUACCGAUCGGCAAUCUCCAAAGCUCAGUGUCAAACUCUACCAAAC